AAGGUGGGCGAGUUGCUUGUGAGCAUCAAAGAAGAUUUGUUAUCCUCGGUCUGAAUUUUUGUUUAGAAAAGAAGCACAAGGUAGUUCCCUUCUAGACCAAUCAUCCAUGGUCUUAGCUUUUGGGUGUGCUGGAAGCAGACUGCACGUGUUCCCCCUGCUCCAUGCUCCUGGCUUGACCCAGAGGGCAAGAAGAAAUAAUGGUGACAACACCCAAUAGGACUGGGGUGCUCAUGCCCUUCCAUUGCUAAAGCUCAGUUACUACCCCUUUCUCCUCCCAAUGCUCCCUAGUUUCCUUUUGCUGUGGUCCUGAGAUUUGGGGUUGUUUUUUAUUGUUGUUUUGUUGUUUGUUUGUUUGUUUGUUUGUUUGUUUGUUUUGUUUCUGUCCUAAUGAGGGCACCACUUCAGACCAUGAUGUGCCUGGGGUUGUGGGCAGCUGCCCUGCUCUGCUUGUUUUCCCCUGGCACCGUGCGAGGUGACUGCUGGCUGAUUGAGGGGGACAAAGGUUACGUGUGGCUGGCCAUCUGCAGCCAGAACCAGCCCCCGUACGAGACCAUCCCCCAGCAUAUCAACAGCACGGUGCAUGACUUGCGUCUGAACGAGAAUAAGCUCAAAGUGGUGCUGUACUCCUCCCUCAACCGCUUCGGCAACCUGACUGAUUUGAACCUGACCAAGAAUGAGAUCUCCUAUAUUGAGGAUGGGGCUUUCAUGGGCCAGUCAAACCUCCAGGUCUUACAGCUGGGCUACAACAAACUCACCAACCUGACAGAGGGCAUGUUGCGGGGCAUGGCCCGUCUCCAGUUCCUCUUUGUGCAGCACAACCUAAUUGAGCUGGUCACCCCUACUGCCUUCUCUGAGUGCCCCAGCUUGAUUAGCAUUGACCUGUCAUCUAACCGUCUCAGCCGCCUGGAGGGGAACACUUUCACCAGCUUGAGCAAUCUGAUGGUGUGCGAGCUGGCUGGCAACCCCUUCAACUGCGACUGUAGCCUCUACAGUUUUCUUAACUGGCUGGCGCUCUUCAACAAUGUCACCAAGAACUAUGACCGGCUCCAGUGUGAGACUCCACGGGAGUUUGCUGGGUACCCACUCCUGGUACCUCGGCCUCACCACAACCGCAAUGCCAUCACCAUCUUCCAGUCCAUGUGCAGAGGUGGCACCAUCCCCUCCCUCUCCAGGGUUAACCCCACUCCUUAUACCCCUGACUCCCAGCGAGACCUGGAUGAGGGCUCAGCCAUCAGCCCUGGGGACUUCCUCUCUGUCAAGCCUCCAGCCUCCUCCACCACCGACUCCUCCUUCAGUCCCAGCAUCAAGCUCCAUGAUGUCACCAUCACCUCAGCCAUCCUGAUGGUAACCAUCCCCAUGCCCUACAGCAAGAUGUAUGUGCUGGUCCAGUACAAUAACAGCUAUGUUUCUGACAUAGCAACACUGAAGAGCAAGAAGGAAUAUGUUACUGUCAACAAGUUGAAGGCUCACACUGAUUAUACUUUCUGUGUGGCCUCCAUCCGCAACAACAGGCGCUACAACCACACUUGCCUGACCUUUGCAACUAGGAGCAAAGGCAGGGAGGACCCCAUUUCCAGUACUUCCACCACCACACACUAUAUCAUGACCACCCUGGGUUGCCUCUUUGGGAUGGUCAUUGUCCUGGGGGUGGUGUACUACUGCCUGCGGAAGCGGAGGAUGCAGGAGGAGAAACAGAAGUCCCUCAAUGUCAAAAAGACCAUUCUGGAAAUGCGUUAUGGAUCAGAUAUUGAUACCAGUACCAUGGUCCACCCUUCACAGAAACUGGGUGACCCACCAGUCAUCCCUGUCUCACGGAUGUCUUCCAUCCCUUCCAUGAUUGGUGAGAAGUUGCCCCCAUCAAAGUCAAUGGAGGCUGGGAUGGAGACUCCCAAAGUCACCACUAAAGGUAACUACAUUGAGGUGCGAACUGGUGGUGGGGAUGGGCUGGAGCGAACCCAGCGGGAUGAGGAUCUGAGAGAGCUUGACAACGGGCAAGGCUCAGCUGCUGAGAUCUCUACUAUAGCAAAGGAAGUAGACAAGGUCAACCAGAUCAUCAACAACUGCAUUGAUGCCCUCAAGCUGGACACAGCCUCCUUCCUGGGUGGUGGGACUGGCGUUGACUCAGACAUGGCCUUUGAGUGCCAGUCCAUCCCAGCCAGUUCCUCGGGUGGGCUAGAGCGGCCCAGCUUUCUUUCACCACCCUACAAGGAAAGCUCCCACCACCCUUUGCAGCGCCAGCUCAGUGCUGAUGCUGCCGUGGCCAGAAAGACCUGCAGUGUCUCUUCUAGUGGCUCCAUCAAGAGCGCCAAGGUCUUCAGCUUGGAUGUGCCUGACCACCCACCCCUCAGCAAGUCUGACUCCAAAUACAUUGAGAAGGGCAGCCCACUCAACAGCCCUUUGGAUCGUCUUCCCUUGGUGUCCCCAGGCGCCAUCCACCACUUGGAGGUCAAGCCUUCUUACCAUUGCAGUGAGCACCGUCACUCCUUCCCGGCCCUGUACUAUGAGGAAAGUGCUGACACCUUGAGCCAGCGGGUGUCAUUCCUCAAGCCACUCUCCCGGUCCAAGCGAGACUCCACGUACUCCCAGCUCUCCCCUAGACACUACUUCUCAGGCUACUCCUCCAGCCCUGAGUACUCAUCAGAGAGCACCCACAAGAUCUGGGAGCGAUUCCGGCCUUACAAGAAGCAUCACAGGGAGGAGGUUUACAUGGCGGCUGGGCAUGCCCUGCGGAAGAAAGUUCAGUUUGCCAAGGACGAGGAUCUGCAUGACAUCCUGGAUUAUUGGAAAGGAGUCUCUGCUCAGCAGAAGCUGUGACUCUUCUUCCCUCUUUCCAAGGAAACAAUACAAAACAAGACACCCCCCCCAACAACCAGAAAAAAAAAAAAAAUGCCAGUUGACUGUGAAAAAUAAACCAACAACAAAAUACUCCCAACAAAUACAAAACUGACAAAAUUGUUUCUUAAAGUUUACAACAACAACAGAAAACUCUCACACACACAGACACACACAGACACACACCGAAUUGUCUCUACUGUGUUACGGGGACCAUUGUUCUGCCUGCAGAUGGUUGGGAGGAGUGUCCAGCUCUGACACUGUGGUAACAACACGGGAGUGUGGGUGGGUGGGUAUGGCCUGGGAGGGGGUGGCAGAGGUGGCAGAAGAAGGGCAGGGAUGGACACUCACCAGGCAUGAAACUCAGCUGUGAACUAUGGCUCUUUCUGUUCCUGUUGGGGGCUGGUUUUUCUUUUGGGUGGGAGGGGAGGACUUUGGUUUAGAAAGCUUCUCUGUCCACCUGACACACCUGCUAUUCCAAAUCUUCCAUCACCAAUUUUUCCCUCAUUUCCUUUGACAGUGGAGGCUUUUCUCCCUCUCCUGUCCCCUCCCAAGAUAAGUGGGACCUGUUAGAAGAAAUUCUCUUGCUUCUUUUCCUUUGCCCUUUCCUGCUCUUCUCUGUUAAGGCUCUCUAGGCUUGUACUUUCUGUCUGGAUACUUCACGAACUUCUAUCCACCUCAGAGGAAGGAGAGGAGGUAUGAAGAACCAAGGGAGGCAGGACCUGCUGUACAACAGGCUCUUUGCCCUUGCUGCUCUUCCUCCUUCCCUUCUCCUACCAUGUUCUUGCUGAUGAACACCAGCAAUUCUGGAGUGACAGGCAUUCUCCAGGCCUGCUCAGAGCCAGUUUUCUGCUAGUUGGUGGUGGGGUAUGAAUGUACUUUUUGGCAUGGAAAGCCAGGUCCUCAAGGAGUGGUGGAGGAAAAGGCAGGAAUUUCAGGUCUCUCAGAGGUGUAAAGGGUUCCUAUCUCUCCACAAGUGUCACAGGUCAGAGGUCCUCCCCACCAUACACACCUAUGCUCAGGUUGCCCUUGUGCAGUACAUUUGAUACUCUGUUCAUCUCUCCCUUACUAUGAGGAAGGGACCUGGAGAGGAGCUCAUCAGAACAAGUUCUACACGAAGCUUCUGCAGCUCUUCCCAACUGACUUGCAUCAUGGGGUGUGGGGUGGGUGGGAGUACAUGAGAAGAGCAUCACCCAACCUCCUCACUUGCAGGUGAAUGUGAAGAAUGGGAUUUCAGCUGAUGACCUCACUGGGUUGACAGAAAAGCCACAAAGUGUCUUCCUCUUGAAUAGGCCAUGGACAUUCUGGCAUGGAUAGGAGACAGCCUAGGGUGAAGGCAGGAGCACAGGAAACAAAUGGGAUGUGAGAAUGGGGCCUGGGAGUAGCCCAAGAGGGAUGGCUCCAGAAGAAGCUCCUUUUGUGCGUGCAGCCACACUGUGUGUGCUGGGGUAGAAGAACCACCCUCUGGAUGGCAGUGUUCCUUUGAAUACUUCGAGGCCCUCAUGAGAGUCAGAGCAACAUAUCACCUCCUAAAUCCUCCACCUCCUCACAGUUAACUGUGACAAACUAUUCUUAGGGAUCCUUUAAUGUCUUGCAAAAACCUGGUUUCACUUGCUAGGUCCCAACCUCUAUCCCUUGGAUAGAAGAUCUGCCACAGAGCUGGGAAUGAGCCUACUGCCCUCUCCACCUUGUUCCGUUUCUGAGCAGCCCAACAAAGCACAAUCUUGGCACCGUCUACCCCAAAGUUUUCUUGUCAGGCAGGGGUGCUGCCUGCUGAGUGCAUUUUUAUGCAUCACAGUGGGCCUCUUCUCCAUGAGCUGCACACCCCAAUUCUUGACAAUCAUUCACCUCUGUUGGGAUGAGGGUGAAGGCAUGUGUUGUGUUGGCCUUUCUUAAGUGGCUAUUCCUUUUUGAGGGGCUCCUUAGAAGCCUCAGUGUUUUGGGGGGCCCUGGGAGAAAGAUGAGGGUGUAGGAGCUUCUCUGGGAGGGAUUUACAUGCUGUCUGCAGAGAAUCUGCCUGUUAUCUGUCAGGUAGUAGCACUGCCAGCUGAGAGCUGGUUUCUGUGCCACAGGUGACACGAUUUCAUCUUCUGUGAGGUGCAGUAGUAAGCAGAGCCUGGUGUGUGAAAACCAGAGAGGGGAUCCCCAAGGUCUAAACCCAUGAAGAUCUAUGGGGUUCCUUCCUUGUAGGGAUGCUGAUGGCAGCAAUGCUAAGCCAGGUCCUGAUCCCAUUGCCUCAGCCUCCUUCACUGUCAGCCUGCUUCCCCGCAGUCAAAACAUCAUUUUGCCUUGAGUCCAGAGGUAUUCAUGGGAUUGACUCCACACCGUAAGAGCCAGACCAACCCAUAGGAAGGGGUGUGUAUGCACACGUGUGUGUGUGUGUGUAUGUGCAGGAGGAUGGAGGAAAGUCACAUCACUGCUGUCAGUUGUCCCUCCAUGUUGGGACAAUGCAGCAAAUCAAGAGAGGUAAAUGCUGUGAGAGAUGCUUAGGCACAGCAGAGACCUCUCCAGCUAUCAUGUGGAGCAGGCCCAGUGGUCUUUCAGCGUGGCAACCAUCCAAGCAAGAAAGACUAAUGGCUGGGGCACAGAACUGGACAGGAAAGGGGGGACACAGGCAUGGGGGGAAGGAGUCCUGUUCCUCUCCCCACCUCUUCCCCCCCUGUGCUUCUCUGCUGUAUGGUCUUAUAAUCAGUUCCAUUCAGUCUAUACUUUUGGGGGGAGCAUUAAUCUGUAAUGGUUUCUGCUCCCUCCCCCCAUCACCCCCAUGAGGCAGAAAAGAAAGGUCAGGGAUACAGCUAUCAUCAGGCCCUUCUUUUGCCUGUGGUGGGGGUAAGGCUGGGUAGGAGGGACAAGCCAUUUCUCUCCCAACUGUAGCCCCCCACUCCAAACCAGUGGGUGAAGUUUGCACAAGAUGGACUGUUCUGUGGGAGGAAGAGGGCAAGGAAAGGGAACAAAGUGUCUCACCUUCCUUCCUCCUCCCUUCUUCCUUGUCCUGCUCCCUCCUCAGGGACAAGGGCUUGCAAAGUAACGCCAGCCCUGUCAGAGGAAAGCAGAUUUAACGUUCUAUUUGCAUGACGAUUUUACUGUAUUUUUCUGAGCAAACACCUGUUGUGUAUGUGCCAGUUCGUUGGAAUUUAACCUUCUCCCCCAAAGUCUCUCCUGUCCUUGUCCCUGUUUUCCCUGCUCCUUUCAUUCAUCCCUGAUGUGAUUUUAUGAGAGACUCCUACCAGUUUGGGAAGGAACACACCCCAAAGAGAACCCAACCCAAUCAGCCCCAUAAAAAACAUUCCUUAUUCUUUCCAGUGCCCCCUCCCUUUGCCCCAGAUGUGGUCUCUCAGCUGCUUUUCAGGUUCGUGUGCGUGAAGGGGGAUGUGCUAUUUACCAAAGGCCUGCUCUUUCUAGUGGUCAUCAUUUCUCCUCAUUAUUUAGAAACAGGAGUGAGGCCCAAGAUAGAUCUCAUUAGAGAAAUGCUCACUACCAUCCCCUUGCCCUGGUUGCUUUUCCCCAAAAUCUACAAGCAGGGCUAUUCUUAGGGGAACAAGGAGUGCUUCAGCUGCAAGGAAACCUCUGAUACAGUGAAAGCUUGAUGUGGAGCUGGCUGCAAUCACUUGGACCUCCCACAGCCUUCCUCUAACUGACUGCAGGGAGCUCUGGAUUAGGUCCAUCCUACCCCUCCUCUCCCAUGGGUAGCCCUGGCAGAGGGCAGGGCAUGAUGAAACCUUUAAGGUCUCUGUGGUAGGAAAAAGCGUGGAGAGAAUGCUUGAAGUUUCUAAACCCUCUUGGGCUUGUCCUUCACCCCUGCCUUUUCCCAGGGCAAAGUGUAUCCAUGGAGCAGAACCAGGACCAACCCCUUUCACAAUUUAUUUUUGUGUUGGUGACUCGUGGCAGGGAAAACAGGGGUUUAGUUCACCUCACUGGAAAGUGUGGAGGGUGAGGAAUGAGGUUGGGUACUGACCUGCCCUCUUCCCCCAGGAACAGGCUCGGGGGGGAGCCUGGGCUGUGUUCCUGCACCUAGAAUAGUGGUGAGACUCUAGACGUGCCAUUCCCCUGGGGCAGAGCUCUUCCCCCUCCCUGCCAGUGUUGCCCCAGUUUAUGCUGCAGUGCCACGUUCCCCUCUCCCUCUCCCCACUCUUCCAUGCUGAAUAAAUCCCUCCUGAGGCAGGUGUGAAAUAUUCAUGACUGACAAAUGAAGAUUUAUGUCGGGCUGAGGAGGCCUCUGUGUGUUUGCAAUGCUAAUCAGCCUGCCUUCCUGGAGGAGGCUCUGCCAGGCAGGCUUGGGGGAAGGAGGUGGAGACGCAGGAGGGAAUGGGAAAAGGAGCUGAGGAAGAGAGAGGAGGGGCAGACACAGCAGGGAUGAAGAAGGUGUGGAAGAAGGUAUGGUGGGUCCAAGGAAUGGGGAGGUAAAGACGGGACAGUUAGAGGGAGCUUGAGAGGGUGGAGAAGAGGGUCUGUCUGGAAAGACCAGGAGAAGAGAUGGACCCACUGGAAAGAAUGGGAUGGUUAAAGGAGAAAGGGACCUGCAAGGGUUGAAUGCAGAGGUGGAGGAGGUGGGGAAUAAGUUAGCAGUGCCUGAAGAAAAAAGCUGGGCAGACUUCGUGAUGAGCUGUGGCCCCUCUCUGUAGGACAGAGCUCAGCGCUACGGGGUGGGCAGCUGCCACAGGGGCAGGAGCCGGAUCCAGGGCCCCGAAAGCACAUUUGCCAUGCUUGUUGCUGACCGGAAAGCUCAG